AUGGCUUUCCACACAGAAGGACUUGUGGCGAUUGUUAUCUUCUACGUGCUGAUUCUCUUCGUGGGAAUAUGGGCGGCAUGGAAGAACAAAAGGUCCGGGACCGGCGAGGUCACUGACCGGAGCGAGAGCAUCAUGGUCGGGGGGAGAGACAUCGGGUUAUUUGUCGGUGGCUUCACGAUGACCGCCACGUGGGUUGGUGGCGGCUACAUCAACGGAACGGCAGAGUACGUGUAUCUGCCCGGCUACGGUCUGGCAUGGGCACAGGCUCCUUUCGGGUAUGCUCUGAGCUUGGUGUUAGGUGGCCUUUUCUUUGCCAAGCCAAUGCGUUCCCGUGGAUAUGUCACCAUGCUCGACCCAUUCCAGCAACUUUAUGGAAAGAGAAUGGGUGGCCUGCUCUUCAUCCCUGCACUCAUGGGAGAAAUCUUCUGGUCUGCAGCCAUUCUGUCCGCCCUGGGGGCGACCCUGAGCGUGAUCGUGGAUAUCAACAUCACCAUGUCGGUUGUGAUCUCAGCUCUCAUAGCUGUCUUCUACACCUUGGUUGGAGGACUCUACUCUGUCGCAUACACAGAUGUUGUUCAGCUGUUCUGCAUCUUUCUGGGCCUGUGGAUGAGUGUACCCUUCGCCCUGUCCAAUCCUGCGGUGUCAGACAUUGGUGUGUCAGCGAGAGAGGCUGUCUACCAGGCAGCCUGGCUGGGUCAGAUCGGGCCUGACGAUGCAUGGCUGUGGGUGGACAACUUCUGUUUGCUAAUGUUGGGGGGGAUUCCCUGGCAGGUGUAUUUUCAACGCGUUCUUUCAGCCUCUUCGGCCACCUACGCCCAGGUGCUGUCCUUCCUCGCCGCCUUCGGCUGUCUGCUCAUGGCUGUGCCCUCCGUGCUGAUAGGUGCUAUUGGGGCCUCCACUGACUGGAACCAGACCUCAUACGGAGCCCUGUCUCCCAAAGAGAAGGAUGAGUCAGACAUGAUCCUCCCUAUUGUGCUGCAGCACUUGUGCCCUCCCUACAUCUCAUUUUUUGGUCUAGGGGCAGUAUCUGCAGCUGUGAUGUCAUCUGCAGACUCAUCCAUUCUCUCAGCUAGUUCUAUGUUCUCCAGGAACAUCUAUCAACUUGCUUUCCGACAGUCGGCAUCAGAUCAAGAGAUUGUGUGGGUGAUGCGCCUCACUAUCUUUGUCUUUGGCGCUCUGGCCACUGCUAUGGCAUUGCUAACUGGAACAGUGUAUGGCUUGUGGUACUUGAGCUCAGACUUGGUGUACGUCAUCAUUUUCCCCCAGCUCCUCAGUGUGCUCUUUGUCAAAGGCACCAACACUUAUGGCUCAGUAGCUGGCUAUAUAUUUGGCCUUUUUCUGCGCAUUGGGGGAGGUGAGCCUUACCUCAAACUUCCUCCAUUUAUCUACUAUCCCGGCUGGGUGACCCAGGAAGAAAUCCACCACCUCAGUGGAGAUGUGGAGUACUUUGUACAACAAAGGUUUCCAUUCAAGUCUGUCUCCAUGGCGGCAUCAUUCUUGGCGAACGUCUUUUUUUCCUACUUGACAAAGUACAUAUUUGAGAGUGGGAUGCUGUCACAUAAGUGGGACAUUCUGGACACUGUUGUGUCCAAGCACAGCAAGGAAAUCAUGGACAAAACCACACUAGUGGGAAACCAUGAUAAUAUCAUCCUUUCCGAGAUGGCGCCAGUCAAGCAGGCACUGGGAUCUUCAUUGGCUGGGACGUUCGCGAAUGCAGAAGUCCUCAGUGAUGACGGAAUCACCCCAGAAUCUUUCCAUGAUGAAAAUUAA